AUGAAUCAGGUUGAUGAUUAUGAGUACUUUUGUCAUAGUUGUGAAGAUGUGAAACGAACUAGCGAUAUCGAAAUUAUAUAUGAUGGGGAGAUAAAGUGUAAAAGCUGCAAUCACGUGGGCUUUGUGGAGAAAAUUGACGAAGAUGACCCCUUGAGUUUUCAUUCGAUUCAUUCCAAUAGGGACAGACGAAACGCGAAUGAAGAAGGUGGUGUUGCUAGUAACGAUUAUGCGAACAAUUUGAAUAGACCUUAUGGGAAUGAUAGUGUUGAUGGGAGAGGCUCCGCCGCGGAGGGCAAUGCGGAUAACCGUGGUAGCAAUAGACAGGGAAACCGAAGCAACAACAACCCCUUCUUCGGAACGAGUGAAAAUUUUUUUAACGAUUUGAUGAUGUUCAGAAAUGUAUACCAACAUAUGUUCAACACGAAUUUGAGACCUACCGAUACGGAUAUUCAUUUUACCGCCAACUUUGGUGUCCCCGUCGCGGAGGGGGGAAUUACAGAUAGUGCACCUCGUAAUGAUGCACAGGGUAGGGUCUUCUUCGGAAGGAAUUAUAUAUAUAACAAUGGCGGCGCCGACAGUGGUAGUGGGGUUGGUGGUUUGGGCGCAUUUAGCGGGUUUACCGAAGUUAGUGGCACCGGGGGUAGCACCAACGGUGGGAACGCCGGCGGCGUAAAUACCAAUGGCGUGAAUACGAGCAGCGUAAAUGCCAAUGGCGUAAAUGCGAGUGGCGUAAAUGCGAGUGGCGUAAAUGUAAACGGUGGAGCCAACAGUGGAACCAACAGGAACGCCAGGAGCCCCAGAAUUAUCACCAGGGCCAUUGACAUCACCAACAUCCCCCUGAACUCUCCAAUCAGGUUAAACUUCCACGACCUAAUAGACAACAUUUUAACCAACUCCUUCGACAACAUUUCCUUAGAUCAAGUGUUAACAAUUAUCAUGGAGAGUGAUCCAUCUAGAAAUGGACCCCCACCAGCAUCCGAAGCAAUUAUAAAAAAUUUAAAAGUGGAAGUGUUAACCAAAGAGAGGGCAGAUGAGUUAGAAUCUUGUGCCAUAUGCAGGGAGGAAUAUAAGGAAAAUGAUGAGGUACAUAGGAUAACAGAUAAUGAGCGCUGUCGACAUGUUUUUCAUUGCUCAUGUAUCAUUCCAUGGUUGAAGGAAAGAAAUUCUUGUCCCACUUGCCGCUUUGAGCUUCCUACAGAUGAUCAAGAAUAUAACUCUAAGCGGGAGGAACUUCGGGAAAGGAUAAAUUCCGAAAUAUCACGUAACAAUACAUUUAACAAUUCUAACAGUGUUAACGUGGAGAGUACUUCUGUGGGUAACACUGGGGUUAGUGGAAAUGGCAUCGACGGGGGGAAUAACGAUGAUACAGGGGGUAAUAAGGAUGACACACUUGGUAAUAACGAUGGCACACCUGGUAAUAACGAUGGUACAUCGGGGACAGAGGGAUCUCCUAAUGGUGAUGUAGCCUCGUCGACAAAUAGACCCCGUGGUACGAGUACGGAGCCAAAUACCUCUUCCGCGCAAGUGAGUGGUUCGCAAACACAGCAGACCGGUAGCGCAGGUGCAAGUGCAGAGGAAGGAGGGGGGAGAUACAUCCCUUUCGUUGAAGAAUACGACAUCAACCUGGUUGAAGGGUUUGCAUCUGCACAGACGCAGAGCAUAAUACAAAAUAUUUUUAAUACGUUUAUACUUGGAAAUAGCGAGACGAAUAGGGGUAGCGGAUUUGUCUCUGCUCCGCAUGUGUUUUCGAGAAGUAGCAACAGAAAUUCUGAUAGUCGAAAUGUACAUGAGUGGGGUGAGGAUGAAACAGGAGGAGGGAGCUCGUCCAACAGGAACGACGCGAACGUGGAGAGUGUGAACGUCGAUAGCGCGAACGUCGAUAAGGUGGAGAGCGAGAACCGCGCUGAGGAGGCAACCAACACCGGUAGCAGUAAUAAUAAUUCGAGUGGAAACAUAAACGAUGGAAGCACAAGCGAGAACCGUACAGGACGAAGUGGUACCAACCCAUUACGCAUAAGGAGCAGGGUGUACGGGCCCGUAUCCAUCGGAUUUAACAUCACAGAUAACACGUUUGACCCUGCUAGGAUGCUUGAUGAUAAUAACGGUUUGAAUGUUGACCAAACAUAUGGCACAAACAACAUGGGAGAUUCACCAUUGGGGGUGAUAGAGUCUAUGAAGGUUACCGAGACGACCGAUCAUGAGCCUAGGGCUGGUGCCGACGCGGCAAAUCCAUUCGACUUGACAGUUGACGGAUUUGAGACCCCUGCUUUUAUGAAUGCUGCACAUGCAUACAUGACGAACAGGGGAUCUAGUUCCCACCGACAAGGAGAAGGAUUCGUGGAUGGUGUAUUAAACGAAGAAGGUUUAGAUCCAUGGAAUCCCUUUUGUCAAAGUGUAUCGAGAAAUAGGGAAAAGAGUUGCAAAGUGGACAAGGAGGACGAACCUUCCACCAGCAACAUCACCGAUGUGGAUGAUGGUAAUCGAAGGAAUGGUGGCACCAGUAAUGAUAAGAAGAAGGAGGAUCAUAAGGUAGAUUCCACACAUAUGGAUUCAUGUGCGAAAAGUGAUGAUUGUUCCGGCGGUCCCAAUGGAAAUGGUAAAAGUAUCAGUAACCCCGGGGACAAGCAAAGCGGAAGCGUUAGUAGUUCUUCGAAGAAAAACGAGAAGAGGAUUUACGAAAAAGUUAGCUCAGCAUAUAGUAGCGCAAGCAACGGAAACAAAAGUUCGGGGAAAUGCAAAGAUAGUGAUAUUGAAAAGGAAAAUAUGAGAAAGAAAUCGAAGAGCAACCAACAUGUGGAUGGGGCGAACGCGUUCAACCGUUGUAAUGGUGUUGAGGAGGGAAUUGGGGGGGGUGCAUCCAGUUUACGUGGAGUGGGAGAAGGGGUAGCAGAGGAGGUAACAGCAGAUGUGGCUGACGUGGCUGACGUGGCUGACGUGGCUGAUGUGGCUGAUGUGGCUGAUGUGGCUGAUGUGGCUGAUGUGGCUGAUGUGGUUGACGGUAGCCACAGUCAGAAAAAAGGGAGCACAGUGAAAAAGUACCUAUUUGAUAAACUACACUGGCUAAAGGGUUACGAUGGCAAGGAUAAAAAGAAGAGCGAAAAGGGGAAUGACACAAGUGAAGAGGUCUGUUUAGACGAAGACGGGGCGAAUGUGGAGAACGGUGGGAACGAUGCUAGCGGUGCGAGCGAGGGAAAUGGCCCUGAAGGAGGGGGCAACCAAAAAUGCAGCCCAGGCGAAAUCCACAGGAAUUAA